GCUCAGUCUCUUCAAUCUAAAGCCACUUUUACUGCUCUUGUGACAGACGCACACUCUCUUCCAUCCUGCUGCCGAGGAUUUACACACAAUUCUCUUUGACGAACAAUGUGAGUGUGCCGCUGACUGCCUAUAGGAGACACGUUGAGCAACUCUGAGCAGAGAUGAGUGCUAACAGCACCAACUACACCACCAUCCUGCACUCAGAAAAAGGGGGGAGUCCCAGUAGGAGUGGUUUCCAUGGAGCAGGUGGAUGCAGGAGAAGGCGUUACAUGCAGAAGGAUGGCAGCUGCAAUGUUUUGUUGCAGAACCUACCGGGGGAGUUGGGUAGCUACAUAUCCGACAUCUUCACUACCUUGGUGGAAAUAAGGUGGCGUCUCAUGUUCCUCAUCUACUCGCUCUCCUACAUCCUAUCAUGGCUCUUGUUCGGGGCAGUCUUCUGGCUGAUCGGACUUUGGAAUGGCGACAUGGAGGACCAAGAGAAUGAGCCUUGUGUCUACAAUGUACGCAGCUUCACCGCAGCGUUUCUCUUCUCCCUCGAGUCCCAAACCACCAUCGGCUACGGCUACCGCUGUGUGACAGAGGAGUGCAUGCUUGCUGUCAUCUUCGUGACACUGCAGUCCAUCAUCAGCUGCAUCAUCGACACCUUCAUCAUCGGGGGAGUGGUGGCCAAGAUGGCAUCCGCCCGGAGGAGGGCGCAGACUGUUGGCUUCAGUGACUGUGCAGUAAUUGCCCUGAGGGAUGGCCAGCUCUGCCUCAUGUGGCGUAUCGGAGAUUUCCGCCAAAACCACAUGGUGGAGGGCACAGCAAGGGCACAGCUACUUCGCUACCAGGACCACCCCACUGGCAAAAUGACCGUGACUUACCGCGAUUUGGAGCUGUCCGACAAUGAAAUCCUUCUGGCCACGCCUGCUCUUUUAAUCCAUAAGAUCGGUCCUGCAAGUCCCCUGUAUGGGCUGAGCUGGCAGAGCUUACAGCAAGAGGAUUUUGAGCUGGUGGUCACUUUCACUUACACAGGGGACUUUACGGGAAGCUCACACCAGACACGCACCUCCUACAUCCCCGCUGAGAUCCGCUGGGGCCAACAAUUCCGAGACUUGCUUGUAGUGAAGGAGAAGUACUACAAGGUGAACUACUCCCAGUUUCAUAAGACCAGAGAGGCGUGGACCCCAGAGUGCAGUGCUGAGGAACGCGACUGGAAAGAACAAGAAGCGGCUCCACAGCCAAGCGACGCAGGACACGGGCCAAAAUCCAGCACACUUGUCAGGGAGCCCUAUGAGAGUGCAGAGAACUCCAGCAAUAGCGAGACUGUCAUUCCUCCCGAUAGGUCAUGGAACAUAGAACCAGAGGAGCAGCUGAUUAAAAAAGCUGUUCUGGUGUUAGGGAGUGUUUCAAGGGAGUCUCAGAUGUGAGUUAUGUAUGGAAGUGUACAGAGAGAAACUGUUCUUCUUCAUUGAAAGCUACUUCAUGAUUACGGUCAGGCCAAAUUUGGUAUCAAAUUUGGCCCAACCAUAUUUCUAUACAGUUUUUCCAUAAAGAGUAAGUAGCGAGGAUCCAAAAAAUAUAGUGUCAUACGUCCACACAUGUUAUGUACCUGUCAUUUUUCAACUUUUUACACUUACCUCGCUACUUACUCUUUAAGUAGGUGCUUAAUAUAUCCAUACAGACACUAAAGCUACAAUCCUGUUGGAGCUAAAAUCAGAAUUGGAAUGUCGUUUUGAAGCCAGAUUUGGGCUGUUCCUUGUUUGCUAAUCAUGAUUUUAGUACUGUUUGUGAAAAUGUGCCAAGUAUUUUUACACAGCAAUACAUCUCUUAUUGCAACAUUCGAGGUAUAUGCAUAAGUAUAUCAGUACAUCAAUUAUUUGAGCUUUUAUAGACAUUGAAUGAAAAUGCACUUCAUAUUAAACCUCUAAUUUUUAACAGAGACAUACUUUAGCCAGUUUCUGUCUCAUGCAUAAUAUGAAUUAGGGAGAGUAAUAAAAGCAAAUGGAAAAAGAAAGGACCAAAAAGCAAAGCUAUGCUCCGAAUAAAUGUGGAGGAAGCAGAAUUGCUUUUUAUGUUCUUUGCCCAGUUAUUUGCCUUUUAAUUGAUUUUAUUUUUCCAUUGCAGAGUUUGACUAAAUAAUUUCCCCUUUACAAUACAUUUCCACGAAAAGGAAAUUCCCUGUGAACUUAAGAAGCCCCAGGACAUUUGAUGGGACACACAAGAAAAUAAAAAAGCUUUUACUGGUCAAAAAGCAUUGUGAACGACUUCUCCCA